AUGAAGCCGAGGCGAAACGGCUCCCCGCGACCCGGCUGGCACCGGUAUGGCCUCGCAGCCUGGUUGCCCACCAUCUUCAUGGCGCUGACCAUGCUCGUCAUGUUCCACAGGGGCCGGAUGGUGGGCAUGGGCCAAUGGCAGCCAACGGACCCCUCGCCCAGGGGGACGCUGGAGGUCCUGUCCUCCACGCUGCCAUUCGGGGAGCCGGAGCCGGAUCGUGAGGUGGAGGUAGUCGAGGGGGAGACCCCUCGGCCCAGCGUGGCGGAGCCCCUCUUCCUCUUCAUCGGCAUCCUGUCGGGGCGGGGGUACCGGCAUCGACGCCUGGCGGUGCGGGAUGCCUGGUCCAGUAAUGCCACCAGGCACGGCGCGGUGGUGGCCAAAUUCGUGCUGUCGGAGGACGAGCGCACACCCCAGGUGGAGAAGGAGGUGGACAGCUUCCAGGACAUCAUCUUUGUGGGGCAGCGCACCAACUACAAGAGCAUCCUCUACAAGACCUACCACGUGCUGGAGUAUGCCGUGCGACACUACGACGUUAAGUUUGUGCUGAAGACGGACGAUGAUGCGUUCAUCUAUGUGGCGCCCCUGGUGGCGCAGCUGCGGGCCCUCUGCGAGCACCCCGACUGCGAGGGCGAGCGCAUCUACAUGGGCCGCAUGGCGCACCACUCGGAGGUCCUGCUGCAGCAGGGGCACAAGUGGAAUAACGACAUCUUUUACAACCACACCGGCCUGAAGACGUACCCCACCUACGCCAUGGGCGGCGGCUACGUGCUGAGCGGCGAGGUGGCGCGCCUGCUGGUGGACACCCACGAGCGCAUGUCCCUCAAGUUCACGCCCAUCGAGGACGCGACGGUUGGGUUCUGGGUGUCGGCCAUGGACCUGCGCCAGAUCGACCACCCGCGCUUCUACACCUGGGCAGCGCCCUGCUGCUUCAAGGCCCCCGUGCGAAAGGCCGGGCGGCGCGUGGUCACCCGCUUUGCGCUGGACCCGGAGUUCGAGCGCGGCCUCUGCUCCGACGACCCCUGGCUCAUCCUGCACAAGAUCGACUCGCCCACCAAGAUGCGGCACGUGGGGGCGCGCGUCGCCAAUUGCACGCGCCCCGUGGACGGCCUGGCGGCCUCCAUCAAGGAGCACUACCCCCCCGCUGCGCAGGAGGAGAUCGAGAGGAGGCAGAGGGCCGCGCAGCAGAUCGCCGCGCUGGAGGGCAGCAUGGAGGACGAGGCGGUGGAGGACGGCGCCGACGUCGGGCAGGCGGACGGGGAGGGGGGGCGGGAGGCCGCGCUGAGGCACCUGCGAGAGAGGAGCGCGCGACGGCAGCGCGAGUCGCGGGACGACGCGCGGUCAGAGCGCGACCGCGCCAGAGCCAGCGGCGUGGAGGCGGUCGCCAGGAUGGUGGCGGCACGCAGGGCCGCGGAAGGUGCCGGGCAGGUGGUCGGCGGAGCAGCAGGCGAGGCGGAGGGCGCCGGUGCCACGGACGAGCAGGCGGCGGGCGGCGUCGGGGUCAACCUGGCUGCCGCCGGCGGGGGCGGGGGAGCCACCGUCGACGAGGUGGCGGCCGAGGACGCCAGCGCCGCCGACGCCGUGGCGGCGGAUGCCGGCAAGGGCAAAGGCGCGGGCGUGGCGGUGCAGCUGGUUGGGGUGGGCGAGGGCGAUGCGGCCGUCAGCGGCCAAGGUGGCGACGCGUCGCAGGGCGUGGCGGCAGCAUAA